GCUUCAUCCACUUGUUGGGCAUAGUUGAACUUCUCACUCUUUCCAUUUGUCUCACAUCUGCAUCUGGAUCAUGGAUUCUGAUAUCAGUGAGAGAGCACAUAAAAAGUCAAUAUUUAUGGAGCUCCCAAAGAAGUACUGGGCUGACUUGUCCAAAUUCUAUGAUUUGGAUCAUGGCUUGUUCAUCACAAACCUAAAUCCCAACAUAAAUGAAGGUUAUGUGGCUGCCUAUUUUAAACCUUUUGGAUGUGUCACAAUGUGCAAGGUCAAGAAUAGCUCCGGUUCUUCAGAGAGUAGACUGGCCUAUGUGAGGUUUUCCACCGAAGCUGAAGCAGACGAAGCAGACUGGGCUGGUCCUCACUUUAUAGGAGGGACAGAAUGUAAAGUUAGACGGGUUGUCAGUCCAAAGAUCUAAGGCGAGUCAGACGUAACGCCCACUCAAGUGCAAAUGAAACCUUCACUUCGCCGUCCAAUGGGUCUGGGCUACAUGCUGGAAGACCCUCAGUGGUUAGAUGAUGAAGGGAAUGAACAAACUGACCAAUUUUAAGAUGUAUUGUCUUUAGAAGACCUAAGACAAAGACUUUGUGUUGUCAAAAUAACCUGUAAAUACUUCCUAAACUGCCAUCAGGUCUAUUAUGUUAUGGAGACCUAACACAUAUUCUUUAUUUAUUUAUUUAUUUUUUUAAAUCAUUCACCUUUUACUUGGAUGUGUCUGUUAAUGGGUAAAUAUUUUCCCCAAAUGAAUGUUAUCAUCAACAAUAGAAGAGCAUACAUGGUACUUUUUAAAUAAGCUAAACUCCUGUAUACUACUUGAUGUCAAUUCAGACUAUCAAACAACUUUGAUUUGAAAAAUAACUGUACUGUUGAACCACAUUUUUUGUUUCUAACAAUAAACAUGCAUAAACUAAAUUGA